AUGACACUUAUUAAAACUGCUACCAUUAGUGCUGAUAACAAAGCUAAUAAAACCUAUGAAUUGAAUAAUAAUACAAUUAUUACACAGAAACAAUUGGAUUACUGGAAUAGCCAACUGUCAGCCUUUACCCCGCAAGAUAUUUUAAAAUGGGCAAUUAUAACGUUCCCACACUUAUAUCAAACAACUGCAUUUGGUUUAACUGGUUUGGCUACCAUUGAUAUGCUGAGCAAGUUAAAAAUCUCUAGUUCUGUUCCUUUAAUAUUUAUUGAUACAUUACAUCAUUUCCCACAAACUUUAGAUUUAUUAAAAAAAAUUGAUCAAAGCUAUUACAAUAAGGAUGAUGAUGAUAAAAUAUAUGUUUUCAAACCUAAAGAUUGCUCCACUGAGGCUGAAUUUGAGUCAAAAUAUGGAUCAUUCUUGUGGGAAAAAGAUGAAGAUAAAUAUGAUUUUUUGGUUAAAGUAGAACCUGCUGCUAGAGCCUACAAAGAACUAAAAGUGACUGCCGUUUUAACUGGGAGAAGGAAAUCACAAGGUGGCGCCAGAGCAAAUUUGAAAUUUGUUGAAAUCGAUGAACUGAAUCAAAUAAUUAAAAUCAACCCCCUAGCCAAUUGGGAUUUCAAAAAAGUGAAGAGUUAUAUAGAUGAAAAUGAAGUACCAUAUAAUGAAUUGUUGGAUUUAGGCUACAAAUCUGUAGGUGAUUAUCAUUCUACUCAACCAGUGGGUGAAAAUGAAGAUGAAAGAAGUGGUAGAUGGAAGGGUAAAGUGAAAACCGAGUGUGGUAUUCAUGAAACGAGCAGGUUUGCUAAAUUUCUGCAAGAAAAAAAUGAGAACAAUGACAAGAAAAGAAAGCUUGAAGAAGAAAGUGGUGAUGGGAAAUAA